AUGUCCGAACCGUGUCUCGCUUUAUACAGCAUUUCUAAAGAAACCUUCCUCUCAGCGGAUUCCUCGUCAUACGGUAUUGGAGUUGCACUAAUUCAGGUUCAAGAAGAUGGAACUAAACGUCCGAUGGCCUAUGCUUCGAGAAGUUUGUCAUCAGCCAAACGUAAUUGGGCUCAAAUAGAAAAAGAAGCUCUGGCGAUUGCUUGGGGGUGUGAACGGUUUGAACACCUCAUUUUAGGGUUGCAUUUGCAUAUUGAGACAGACCAUAAGCCCUUGCUCUCCAUAUUCAAGAUAAAAGACUUGGACAAUAUUACUCCCAGGCUUCAGAGAAUACGACUCCGACUGAUGAGAUAUACGUAUGACAUUACCUACGCGCCCGGUAAACAGUUGAUUUUGGCUGAUCCACUGUCUCGAGACACAGAGAACUCUGAAGAGGAAUGGGAACUUACAGAGGAAAUCCUUGCUUAUAUACAAAACAUUGACACUACUCUACCAUCAGUUUCGGAUGAAAGGUUGCGAGAAAUAAAUCAAGAAACUAUGAAAGAUGAAACUCUAAAACAUGUGUCACAGUAUUGUGUGAAAGGUUGGCCAGAAAAAUCUAAGAUUCCAGAGGAUGUAUUGCCCUACUGGUAUCAUAGAGAACAUAUAAGUGAGCAAAAUGGUAUACUUCUCUUUGGAAGUCGUAUUAUAAUACCAAAUUCUCUAAGAGCUAAUGUACUAAGAAGUAUUCAUGAAGGACAUCAAGGCAUAACAAAAUGUAGAUCUUUUGCAAAAUUGACUGUGUGGUGGCCUCGUCUUUCUCAACAAAUCAAAGAACUAGUAGAAAAUUGCAAGACAUGUGCAGAAAAUCGCGCUACGAGAGCAGAGCCGCUGAUACCAACCCCUUAUCCGGAUAGACCUUGGCAAAUAGUGGGUACCGAUUUGCUGAAGUGCAAAGGUCACUGGUAUCUCUUAAUCUCAGACUAUUAUUCCAGGUUUAUGGAGAUUGCUAGACUAAAUGACUUAAAAAUGGGCACUAUUGUGACAUAUACAAAGUCCAUCUUCGCACGUCAUGGUGUACCUGAGACAGUGAGAGCAGACUGUGGUUCUCAAUUUGACUGCUGUCAAUUCAAACAACUUGGUCGUGAUUAUGGAUUUAAAUUGAUUACAUCAAGCCCAAAAUUUCCACAAAGCAACGGCUUCAUAGAAGCGCAAGUAAAAAAACUUUAA